ACUAAUGAGAUCCUGGGAAUGCCGAGCCAAAUUGGAAAACCAUCCUGGGUUUUCACAUGACACGUGAAACACGUGAAAACGUGUAGUUUCUUUGUGCGGAAUGCCUCUAGGCUGGACAUCUGUUGUUUGCUUUGAGUAGGCCUAUGUGUGUGUGUGUGUGUGUGUGUGUGUGUGUGUGUGUGUGUGUGUUUGGGGGCUCAUGCAUUGAAUAGAGCUGGUGACUUUUCAUUUGUGACUGAUAAGAGUGAGCGUGUGGGAAAAUAUCUCAGGCAAAGAGCUUGUGCAUUGAGAUGCUAAUGUCCCUCCUAUAAAUAUAGCGUUUGCACAGCGCGGAGGGCCUUAGAAACUCCUAACACUCAAACAGGAGUGAGUGAAACGCAUUCUGUACUGCUCAGAAGACACUGGAGAUGACUGCUACUAACCUCCAGCAGAAUGCAGGCCAAAGGCACAUUAGCGCCAAAGAGGAGAGAAAGCUGCGGAAACCCCUCAUUGAGAGAAAGAGAAGGGAAAGAAUAAAUCACUGUCUAGAUCAGCUGAGAGAGACAGUAGUUGGAGCUUUUAGGUUUGAUCAGUCUAAGUUAGAAAAGGCUGAUAUUCUUGAUAUGACGGUGAAACAUUUGCAGAAUAUCCAGAGCAGUAGAGUUUCUGAACCCAUUCUGAACGCAGAGGCCCAACAGAGGUACAGUACUGGGUAUAUCCAGUGCAUGCAGGAAGUUCACAACCUUCUACUUUCCUGUGACUGGAUAGACAAAACCUUGGGGUCUCGUCUGCUCAACCACUUACUCAAAUCUCUACCUCGAUCAACUAAGGAAUGCCCUCAGCUACCCAAGAACUCCCAGACAAGUAUUUCUUCUAACCAUUGCGACUGCAUUGGUUUCCGUGCUGAGUUGGAGAGUCCAAAAACCUGCCCUCCUUCUCCUGUCAUGUAUGAGAUGUCCGCCCAGUCUCAGAAUCAGUGUUCUACUCCCAUGAGAAUGCCACAUGAUGUGGAGAGCCCACACCUCUCAGGUCUAAAGAUGUGGAGGCCCUGGUGAAAUAUCUUUGAUUUGGCAGGGUACAGCUAUGGUGUCUGCAUAUGUAUGUUUAUGUAGUACAUAUGAAUUAACUGAACAACUGUAUGUACCACUUUGUAUGAAUGUCACCCAAGAAUGUGUGAAUGUAAAUGAAUCUAUGUAUGCCGCCAGUCUGAGUGUGGAUAGUAUGCUUUCACACACAAUGCAGAGCUUUAUACACCCAGUUUGUACUGUGGUAGACCCUCCUCUAAUAUGUAUCUUAUAGAUAUGUUUCACUGCACGUGUGUGUGAGGUGGAUCUAGACCAGAAUAGCUCCCAUUUCAGACCCUCUCUACUUCCUCUCUGAAGUAAAAGCUACUGUAGCCUGCAUUGUAGAAGGCUCCUAAUAACAAUUUAUUUAUUUAAUUAACUCUUUUUAGAUGAA